AUGAAUAGUCAGUUGGAGUUAAUAGUUUCCAACUGUACAACGUGUGCAAGAUAUGCAAGUGAGCAGAGGAAAGAGCCACUCUGUAGUACUCCAAUGCCAGGAAAACCUUGGGAAAAAUUGGGUGCGGAUCUAUUUGAAGUAGAAAAGAUGCAUUUUCUAGUGGUUGUUGACUAUUACUCGAGGUAUCCGGAAGUUAAACAGCUCACAGGAACAAAAUCAACGGAUAUUGUACUAGCACUGAAGGGUAUUUUCUCACGAUUUGGGAUUCCCAAUGUACUGGUCACAGAUAAUGGACCACAGUUUGUGAGUGAGGACUUUAAGAACUUCAGCAGGACUUAUCAGUUUAUGCAUGUAACGUCAUCUCCUAGACAUCCACAAGGAAAUGGACUAGCCGAAAAGACUGUGGGGACUGUCAAAGCCCUGAUUAAGAAGGCUUGGCACGCAGGGGAAGAUCCACACUUGGGAUUGUUAGCAUAUAGAGCUACAGAACAUGAAGCCACUGGAUUGGUGGAUAAGUCUUCAGUGAGAGAGAAAGACAGGGGUAGCAAAGCAAAGCAGGCAGCAGAAUAUAACAGAAGACAUGGAGUGCGAUCCUUACCAGACUUGGAACCAGGAACUCGGGUGUUGGUUCAUGACCAAAUAGGUGGAGAGUGGAAUGUACCUGCGACAGUGGAUAGAGAGAUACAGCCAAGAUCAUACCGUGUAGUGACUGAAUCAGGGGGUACUCUAAGACGCAAUCGUCAUGAUCUUCGACUAAACCCUGAAAUGGUGGAAGGGCAGAGAGAUCAUCAAGAGGCUAAUAGUAACCAUCAACAGGCAGUGGAAGGGCAGAGAGAUCAUCAAGAGACUAAUAGUAACCAUCAACAGGCACUGGAAGAAGCUGCACAGCAAACCCCGGUCAGGUCUGAAGAACAUAUAGAAACCCGAACACGAUAUGGACGAUUAGUGAAAACCCCACAGUGGAGGAAGGACUAUGUUUGA